UUUUGCUCGAGUCGUACCCUGGCUGUGCCUGCGUUUCUUGCAUAUCGAUCACUGGUAGGCUUCGAGGUCGCAGCGCUCCUCCUCCAGGCGCAGCCGUUCGGCACCAAUAGCUCUCCAGAGGCAGCUCUCCCAACAAGGCUGCAGACGCUCUCCGGAGCACAUCGCUGCACGCACGCCAUCGCAACCAUGAUCCGCGGCACCGCACUGCUGCGCCAGGCCACCCGCGCAUUCGCAUCCUGGCCCCUCGCCGCGCCGCGCACCGUUUCGAUCAUAGGCGCGCCGCAGCAGUUCGGCCAGCCGCGCGGCGGCGUCGAGAACGCACCGAAGCUGCUGAGGCAGGCGGGCCUCGCCGAGACUGUCGCGAACCUAGACUGGCGCGUGAACGACGAAGGCGAUGUGGACAUGCAAACGACCCAAGACGUGGCGGGCCCGCUGCGGCAUGCUGCCCAAAUCGGCCACGGGUCCCGGAAGCUCAUGGAGGCCUGCGUCAAGGCCCACGCGCGCGGCAACUUCGUUUUGACAUUAGGCGGCGACCACUCCGUGGCCCUGGGCACGGUGAGCGCCGCGCUGAAGGCGCGCCCGUCGACAAAGGUGCUCUGGGUCGACGCGCACGCCGACUGCAACUCGCCUUCAACAAGUCCGUCAGGCAACGCGCACGGCAUGCCCUUGGCGUUCCUGCUCAAGCUCGUGCAAUCGUCAGAACUCGGCACGGCGUCAUCAGCUUUUGCGUGGCUGGAUGAUGUGAGACUCGCUCCGCAAAACCUGGCCUUUGUGGGUUUGCGCGACGUCGACGCCGAGGAACGCAAAAUACUGCUAAGGUUGAGGGAGCGCGGCGCCUUCGUGAGCACGAUGCAUGAUGUUGAUAGGAGAGGCAUCGGUCAUGUGGUAGAUACGGCCCUCGACCACCUCGGUGAUGAUGGUCCGUUGCACUGCUCCUUUGAUGUGGACUCGUGCGACCCGCUCAUCGCGCCGGCGACGGGCACGGCGGUCCGCGGCGGUCUCACGUACCGAGAAGCCCACUUCCUCUGCGAGGCGCUCGCGGCGACGGGGCGUCUGGGGUCGCUGGACGUCGUGGAGGUGAACUCGGCGCUCGCCGACCCCGUCGGCGCCAAGGCGACGGUCGACCUCGCGGCGGGGCUCGUCGCGUCGGCGCUGGGGGCGGUGAUUCUGUGACUAAGUUGAUUAUUAGUGUGUAGCACUGGCAAUGGAAUUGACGCGAAAACUGGAAAGGGAGAGU